AUGCCAAAAGACAAGAAACGAAACUUAUCUUCGGAACAAAUUCAAUACCACCAAUUGAACCAAGAUGACCAUCAUCAAGAAAUUUUACCAAAAACAAGCUCUCAAAAACACGAAAAGAAAAUUAAAAUCAAUCCGAAACAAGACAAUGACCGCAAACUAAGCAUCAAUGAUACGACGCAUGAUGAAACGAAGAAAAUUAAUUCAUCAUCAGCCUCUUCUUCUCAGUUAACAGCAACAACAACCAAAGUGGACUCGUUUGCAUUUUCAUUCACUUCCGAUUCUUCUGUUCCUUCUUCUUCUGAAAAACAAAAUGUAGAUUCAUCUUCGUUGUUGACCUCCUCUUCCAAUUUUCUUACCUCCAAUCUCUUUCAACCAAACACAAAAAUUAGUGGCAAUCAAAGUGGAUUUUUCAAACUUUCUGAAACGUUUAAAGAUUUGGAACAGGACGAGGAAGAAAUGGAAGAUGAAUCGGAAGAGGAAACACCUGAGCCCGAGCUCAUGGAAAGAAGAGCAGACACUGAAGAAAGUACUGUAAAACUGGUACGAGAUAAAUCAGCGCUUCAGUCCCUUCGUUUCGUGAAAGAUCCAUCGACUUUGCCUUCCCAGGGUUUUGAUCCUUGUGCUAAAUAUUCGAAAAAACACUCGUUUUUGUUUCCAUUGUUGCCCUUACAAACAGCUCAAGUCAUUGUUGAGAAGGAAGUGCACAAGUUGUCGAUAGAGUCGUCGAAAUUGGCACAAAAUACCAACGACUCAUCAUUAUACAAACAAAUGUUGAAUGAUCUCUCUGUGCAUUCCGUCAUUCAGAAUAACUUGAGGGAUUUUGGAAUGUAUGGUCAGAACUUUUUCAGAAAGAACAACCCAGAAGCAAUCAAGAAGAUCGCUCACGAAAAGGUCUCCAUUACUCGAGCCAAUAAGCUCAGAAUGUUGAUUCAAUCAAUUGAGGGACGACACAAGAGAUCAGUGAAAAAGCAAUAA